UAGUCCUAUGCGGGGCAGCCUAGAUGUAUGCAGUGGACCUGGUACGACUGGAGACUCACUGCAGAAUGUAUCCUGCAUAUUUUUUUUCCAUCAAUAUUCCUGCUACAGUAAUGGUACUUCUCGAGGGAUCAUGGUUUCUUUGGCCAGUUCUUGGAUUUCUUGGAUUUCAGGGAUAUGGCUCCAGGAAAUGUGACACCAUGUGACCUCUGACGACAUCGGAGAUCAGACACAGGCGCACAUCCGCCUCCCUCUUACCUACCCUUCAAUUAAGUACACGUUCCCUUCUUCGCUUUCCUCCAUCGCACACCUUUCACUUUCCUGCCCCAUGGCUACUAACGGCGUCGUCGUCAACGGCAAUGGUCAGGCUGCUCUGGAUUUGCAGAAAGACUCGGACCAAAGUCGCGUUGCGGUCCACUCAUUUGACCCUGAUGCUGCUCCAGAGGCAGAAGGCGCCGCCGCCGGCAAGGCUCAUGAAGACCUCAACUUACAAAAGGCCCCUCCAGAGCAGGAAGUUCCCGUUGACCGCGGUAACUCCGCCGUUGUUCCAACAAUUGCUGUCCAUGAUGCGGACGUGGCCUCUGAGAAACCUCAGCUAUGUGUGGAGAGCGUCAAAGAGGUCGAUGAAGAUACCGCGGUACUCCCUGGUGCACUGCCAGCGGCUGCUGCGCCUUCCAUUCCUGACUGGUAUCGUGUCGGGUGGCGCCAAGUAUCCGGUAUAGAUCAGCAACCGCCUCGCGAGGGCGAAGAGAAGGACAAGGCUGUCUUGGAAACCUUCUUCACAGACCAAUACUAUGGCAGUUGGUAUCACAACGCUGGUGUCAUUGUCUUUGCCGUGUUUGUUUCGCACUUUCUCACUCGCUUCCAUUUUGGAUGGGGUUGGUUGUUCAUCAUCCUUGCCGUAUGUAAUACGUAUUACACCACUUCCAUGCACCGGGUUCGCCGGCGAGCGCGAGAUGAUAUUCAGAGAGAGCUAGUCAAAACGCGCCUGGCCUCCGAAUCCGAGUCAGCUGACUGGAUUAACAACUUCCUUGAUCGUUUCUGGCUCAUAUACGAACCUGUUCUAUCUGCGACUAUCGUUAGUUCCGUGGAUCAGGUCCUUAGUUCGAGUACUCCAGCCUUCUUGGAUUCUAUGCGGCUCUCCACGUUCACCCUAGGGACAAAGGCGCCUCGAAUCGACCAUGUCCGCACUUUCCCAAAGACCCCAGAUGAUAUCGUUAUGAUGGACUGGGGUGUCUCCUUCACUCCUAACGAAAUUUCGGAGAUGACGGCCAAACAAGUCGCGAGCAAGGUCAACCCCAAAAUUGUCCUCUCCGUUCGUGUUGGAAAAGGCCUUGCAACUGCCGUCAUGCCCAUCCUUCUGGAGGAUAUCUCCUUCAAGGGCAACAUUCGGAUUCGGAUGAAGUUGAUGACCAACUUCCCACACGUUCAAAUCGUUGAUAUAUGUUUUCUGGAGAAACCUGUUAUCGACUACGUCCUCAAGCCAAUUGGCGGCGAAACGUUGGGUUUCGACAUCGCAAAUAUUCCCGGCCUUUCCUCCUUCAUUCGUGAGAUGACACAUUCGACACUCGGUCCGAUGAUGUACGACCCCAACGUCUUCACACUCAAUCUUGAACAGCUCCUCUCCGGUGCUCCGAGCGAUUCGGCGAUUGGUGUGUUGCAAGUCACAGUCCACUCGGCCCGCGGCAUUAAAGGAAGCAAAAUUGGCGGCGGCACUCCCGACCCCUUUGUUGCUUUUACCAUCAAUAACCGCGCCGAACUGGCUCGCACUAAAUGUAAGCACAACACGUACAACCCAACCUGGAUGGAGACGAACUUCAUCUUGGUCAACAAUCUCACCGAGUCCCUAGUGUUCAACCUUUACGAUUACAAUGAUCAUAGGAAGAACACCUUGUUAGGCUCGUCGAUAUUCGAACUGACGCGGCUGCAAGAGGAUGCGACGCAGGAAGGCAUGGAAACUCAGUUACUGAUGGAUGGAAAGGAGAGAGGAGAGCUCCGAUACGAUGUCUCAUUCUUCCCGGUCUUGCAUCUUGAGGAUGACAACGAUGCCAGGAAUACCUCGAUUGGAAUCGUUCGUCUCACUGUACAUCAAGCGAAAGAGCUCGACGCCAAGAAGUCUCUAUCAGGUGACCUCAACCCUUUGGCAAAGGUCUUCCUCAGCGGUUCCAAAACACCUGUUCAUGUUACGAAAGCGUUCAAGCAUACAAACAACCCUGUCUGGGAAUCGUCGCACGAGUUUCUAUGCGCCAAGAAGGCGACAUCUGUCAUCACUGUCAAGAUUGUCGAUGACCGCGAUUUCCUCAAGGAUCCCGUUGUUGGAUACAUGUCCAUCAACCUGGAGGACUUGCUGGCCUCUAAAAAAGAGAACAUUGACUGGUUCCCUCUCAGCAACUGCGAAAGCGGAAAAUUGAGGAUAUCUGCCGAAUGGAAGCCCUUAAGUAUGGCAGGAAGCCUCCAUGGAGUUGAUCAGUACAGUCCUCCUAUAGGCGUAGUAAGGCUGUUGUUGGAUCGCGCUACGGAUGUGAAGAACGUCGAGGCUACGCUGGGUGGCAAAAGUGACCCUUAUACUCGGGUACAAGUGAACAACGUUACUAUGGGUAGGACGGAGGUUGUCAAUAACAAUCUGAACCCUGUGUGGGAUCAGAUUAUCUAUAUCACCGUUCAUUCACUCAAGGAGACUUUACUAUUGGAAUGCAUGGAUUAUCAACAUCUGACUCGAGAUCGGUCCCUCGGGUCUGUCGAGUUGCGCGUAUCAGAGCUGGCGGAAGAAUCCGAUGACAAGAUGUACCCAUUCCAAUCCACUGGUGUCAAGACCGCUACUGAUCCCUUACGUCUGGACGGAGCCAACGUUUUCAAAGGGGAUCUGCAUUACACGGCCUCAUUCAUUCCUGCCAUGAAAUUGAAGGGUAUCAAGUUUGACAGCCAUUCCAAGAAGAUACAUCAAGCUGCUGCUGGUGACAAUGAUUCAGAAAGUGAUCUUGUGACCGAUGGUGCAGCAUCAAUUUCGUCAACCGAUGAGGAAGCACAAGCCAUGCCAGAUGGUGUCACUAUUAAGGGAACACUCAAGAAGCACACAAGGGCCACUAAAUCUACGGAUACAACCGCCACAACUUCCGAAACCCAAUCUCCUGUUGAAGAAGGAAUUGAGAUGUCCAUGGACGAUCUAAUGACGCAUCAGUCUGGUAUCAUUAUUUUCAAUGUCAUUUCGGGACAAUUGACGAAGAAAGCGCGAGUCGAAGUACUCUUGGAUGACGGAUAUUGGCCUUGCUUCAGUACUACGAGAGCACGAAGCACCAAGGUUCAGUGGGAUUAUGUUGGAGAAGGUUUCCUCAAGGAACUCGACUUUGGUCAGGUGUGGUUGAGAUUGAAUGAGGCUGACGAAGGGGAUAAGGAUGAUAUCAUAGCUCAAUGGAAGGGCGACGCUAAAUCAUUCCUUCAGUCAACCCUCGCUGGUCCUCAGACCUUCACUCUUCGAGACGAAUCCGAAAGAGACACUUCACGUGUAACCGUCGAGGCCCACUACGUGCCGGUCCCCGUUAAACUUGAACCACGAGAGAGUAUCAACAAUCAGGGUGUUCUUCGUGUCGAUCUUAUCGACGGUCGUGAGAUUCCUGCCGCAGACAGAUCAGGCAAAUCUGACCCGUAUGCGGUCUUCACUCUCAAUGAACAUAGGGUCUUCAAGUCUCAGACCAAGAAGAAAACUCUUAGUCCCGAAUGGAACGAAAACUUCGUGGUUUCUGUGCCUUCUCGUGUCGCCGCCGACUUCGAAGUCGAAAUAUUUGACUGGAAUCAGCUAGAACAAGCGAAAAGUCUAGGAUCAGCCAAGAUAAAUCUUGCGGAUCUCGAGCCGUUCGAAGCCUCUGAAUUAGAGCUUUCUCUAUCCUCACCUAAGCUUGGCCCAAAGGGACGCGUGCAUGUUCGACUGAUGUUCCAGCCUGAGAUUAUCGCCAAAUCUCGCAAGAACACGUCCACAUUUUCUACCGCUGGGCGAGCAAUGACGCAGGUCGGAGUUCUACCUUUAUCCGCAGGCAAGGGUGUCAUUCACGGAGUGACCGGCCUGUUCAAGAGUAAGGAUGCGGACGAAGUUCCGGCAAUUCCCGAACUGCCAGCAGGGCAGGCAUCUGUUCCUAUCGUACCAGACAUUAUCAGCACACUUGGCAGUCACAUACUCCCGGACUCAAAGUCCAAGACAUCUUUAGAUGGAACACACGAGCCGGGGACGCUGCGGGUGACCGUACUGGAUGCGAAAGACUUGUCAAGCACUGACAGCAAAGCGUAUGCAACCAUCCGCUUGGGCGACAAGGAAUUCAAAACGAAGCAUGCUGGAAAGACCGCGACCCCGGAGUGGGAUGAAACAUUUGUUUUUGCCGCUGGGCCUUAUCUGUCCAAAAUCCGAGUUUGGAUACACGAUCAUAAGACACUUGGAAAGGAUAAGUUGCUAGGUGAAGGCGACAUUGAUAUCUGGCGACAUAUAAAAGCAGAAGAAGCUUCAGCUGCAGAAAUGUUUUUGGAAUUACGUGAAGGACAGGGCCUUUUGCGCCUACGGCUGGAGUAUGAUCCGACCCAAAAUCCGCCGGGAAGGUCGUCCAUGGGAUCUCGGGAAAACGUGACGCAUCGAACAGUGUCAAUAGCGUCGCCGUCGAGAUUCAGUAUUCGUGGACGACGGCCGGGAGGUGAAAAUGACGACUGAGAUAAGCAAAAUACAACUGAGCCUUUAUACUUCACAAUUUUAGGUAUGUUAGCACGAUUAAACGGAAUUGGACCGUGGAUUAAUAUGGACUAUAUUUGUGUACCAUUAUUGCAAUUCAACCUUGUUUUCUGCAUGAA